AUGGACCCGUUGAAGUACUUGUUUGAAAAGUCGGCACUAACAGGUAGGAUCACAAAAUGGCAGCUAUUGCUUUCAGAGUUCGACAUCACUUAUGUCACCCAGAAAGCAAUCAAAGGGCAAGCAUUAGCCGACCACUUAGCAGCCCACUCUCUGCCGGACUAUCAACCAUUGAAGACCUUCUUUCCCGACGAGGAUAUUCUCCUGAUUGAGGAGGAAGAAGGAAGAAAGGAAGGAGAGUGGACACUCUUCUUCAACGGAGCUGCAAACUCAGAAGGAAGUGGAGUAGGCGCCAUACUCUAUUCUCCUGAGGACGUCCCAAUUCCCAUAUCCAGAAGGCUGAAGACCAAGGAUGAAAAGCUGAUUCCAUAUCAUGUCUACCUGGAAAAUUUAGCUGAGGAAUUCGAGGAGAUCACAUUUUCUUACAUGCCCCGAAUCAAGAACCAAUUUGCAGACGCUUUGGCCACCCUUGCCUCAAUGCUGGAAAUCCGGAAAGGAGUUGUUGAAUGGGAGCUCACCAUCGAACUCCAGGAGGAGCCUGCAUUUUGCCUACAGAUUGAUGAAGCAGAACCUCCCUCAAAUGAUCAGCUGUGGUACACAGAUAUCAAGAAAUACCUCAAACAUCAAAAGUACCCAGAAGGAGCUAUGCCAGUUGAUCGACGCACCAUCCAACGGCUAGCGACAUAG